AUGGUGCACCGUCCAGCAGACUCACGCCUGCUCACAAACCUCCUGCAGCAAGAGAAGGAAUACAUCAAGCAGCUAAACCAGGUUCUAGACACCUCUAAUGUCUCUCUGGCAUCUUUCGGUGCCUAUGCAGCAGCGUCACCGCGCCCUGCUUCCCAGGUCAUCAUGUCGGUCGCUGGUUCACUAGCAGCGGCCGACGAAGCGCUCAGAAGAUACGUCCAUGGUGUCGAAGAAUGGAGGGAUGCCAUGCGCGCGUUGAAGGACGCCGAAGACGAGGUUGGGAAUAUCAUGAGAGACAGGGAAAUUCUGGUCACUCGGUUGAUCAAGGCUUCCAAGUCGCACAAGAGCGGUUCUAGCAACUUCCGUGAUUCACUGUUGUUGGGAAACCAGCGCUUCCCAUCGUCCUCUUCUCUUUCGUCGUCUUUCCUCGGACAGCAGGAUUCGCCUUCACCUAGUUCAUCUCGGCCGUUGUCUGCGGCAUUCUCCUCGUCGAAGCUAGCUGCCGCACAGACGGAGCUGCAGGCUUGUGAAACACAUCUCGCGGCUAAGGAACGCGAGCUUGAGCUGAAGCGGAAUGCUGCAAUCCGCGAUGGGCUCGGGGCUCGCGCCAAAGCCAUGAUGGAAUGCGGUUGGGCAUGGAGUCAGCUCGGGAAAGAUUCUCUUCGCGCUUUGGAAGAGUUGAAGGCAGAGAACGUCGAACGCCGUGCUUCCUACAUACACGAACCCUAUUUGGGAGAAACUCUCGAAGCCAGCCGCGAAAAUACAGAUCCCCACUCUACCCGACCGUCGUUCGAUUUGUCCUCCAUUGGGCCUUCUCAGUCUGCAUCCCAGGUGAACCUGAACAACAAUGACAUCCCCCCUGCUGUCCAUAUCGGUUCCAUAAUGAAUUCCGGAUUAUUCGGCGAGCCUUCCGCGAGACAGGAACAUAAUGAGAACACGCAGCCAAACAAUGACGACGAAAAUCACCAACCACACGAGACGACCUCUGGACUACGUCCCUCCUCGGGGGUGUCAACCACUCUAUCGUCUGUAUCUGCCACGCCGGCAACUUAUAAGGUGGAAACGGUAACAUAUGCAGCAGCCGUAGCUGUACAUGUUCCAGGCCGAGAAGCUUCGUCGAGUGCUGGCACCAGCAGCCCGCAAGUUCCCACAUCGAGCGAGCUGUUCAAGGACGAUCGCGACCACCGCGAUUCCCACAAUUCAGUUCGGAUACCGGCGCCUCAUGCACUCGAGGGAUAUGCAUUCGAUAUACCCACAGCUGUUCCGGAUCGGCAGCCUGUCGCGGGGCCGUCUGGCCAGCAACAGAACCUGCAGCGGAGGACCUCGUCGAGGUCUGCCACGCCGUCUGCGUCAGGCAGGUCGACGCCGCAGACGACUCCGUUGGUGACACCCCAGCCUGCUGCUUCAUAUCCGAAACGCCACGUGCUGGAAAGGCGCAUUACGGAAGAAGAGAUGCGGAGCGCGAGUCAGGAUACACAGCGUGGCGGAGAAGAAGCCCGUCAGGAUGAUGGAGCUUCGAGUACUGAGGACGAGCUCGAGCAGGAAGGGAAGCUGAUCCAGGAAGGAAAGUUGGAGGUUGUUGAAAAUCCGAGGUUCUUGACCGAGUCCCGUAAAAAGGAGCUCGAAAAGGAGGAAAGGGAAAAGGCUGAAGAAGCGAAGAGGGCUAAGGGGAAAGGCAAGGCUAAGGAUGAGGAUGAGGAUGGCGAGACCAAGGGAAAGGAGAAGAAGAGGUUCCCGUUCUUCCAUUCUCAUUCUUCAUCCCAUUCGCACAUUGCACGGCCGGCUCAGGUACAGGCUGUAGACGAACAGCAGGGCAAUGGUCAUGUCAGUUUUGCUACUCCAGAGUCACCCCUCGAUGAAGCACCCAAAUCCUCAAAUGCGUCGCCGUCGAAAGGCUUCCUGGGCAGUAUCAAAGGCCUUUUCGUUUCAAGACAUCCGAAAGACUCCCCAUCGUCCCCGUUGCGCACUAAAUUCAAGCGCGAUUCUACUUCUCUCGCUGCAAAUGAGGUGGAUGAUCUAUACGAUUCGGACGACGACCAGUCGCCGACUACCCGAGGUGCAGGCGGAGGUUUACAGAACCUUUUCAGAGGAUCCAAAGACAAGGAGCGCACAUCGAGUAAAUGGCAGACCAGGACAGACAAGAAUAUCCAGCAACUCACCAGGAAGGGAAGCUUUGAUGAUGGAAGCGUUGGUAGGCGCGGUGUGGGACUUGGUGCUGCUUUGGAAGGGGGUUUGGCUGGGAACGCGGUGGCGAAUGUUGGUGUUGUCAAUGCGAAUGGGGUUGGCUUGGGCAGGGCCCCUGACGCGAGAGUUGGACCAAGAACGAGGGCGGCGAGCGACGUUGGUGUUAUGACGAGUUCUAGUGCUGGUGCGGCUGCGGGUCCUGCUGGGAGGAAGCUGAAGAAAAAUCGAACUGGUCCGCCUGUUGCUCCUUCAGCUUCUGGAGUCGCGCUAUCUGGAGACGACAAGGGAACCGCCGGGCCUGUGGAGGUGACGACUGCUUCUCGACAUCCUCCAGCUGACGUUGGGCAAAAGACAGCCGCUGAGAAACCACCUGUCAGAGCUGUAAGCACCUCUGUGCCACCAGCCAGCAAAGCUACAGGGAAGCCGGCGGGGGUAGGCAAUCGUAGGAGCGCCAGUGUGGAUGUAAAUCCGGAGAGACGAGAUUGGGUUCAGGAAGAAAGUCCCAAGGAUAGCGGUGAUAUGAUCGUUGACCUAGGAUGGAGAAGGAGAACGGCAAGUGAAGUUGGUGGGCCUCGAGAUGAUGGAAGGCGACCUGCUGCGGUUUCUUCACCUCCUCCAGCAAUUCCUGCCUCACGACCGGUGAUUCCGCCAGUCAAACCUUUUCAUGGUGUGCUCAGAACGACGCCGACGAAAGACUAUUCGAGUGACUCUGCUGCGGUUGUCUCUGCGCCUGCAGUGACGAGGAAAAAGAGCCUGACUAAGAAGAAGAAUCAAGUUUCUGCAGGUACGACUGCCCCACCUCCCGUACCCGUUGCUUCGAGCUCGAUACCUCUGGCUGCACCAGUGCAAAAAGAUGUCGUCAACACGCCUUCGCCCGCGAGGAAAUCGUCAAUGAAGACCUCUGGGACGCCAACUCCCGUUAAGACCUCCCCUGGCAAUUCAGGUGCUGUGGGCGGGGCGACCGUUAUGCGGUCCGGAGGUGAUCGUCCUAGUGGCACUCUUGUCUCUCAGCCCGGCUGGACGGAACAGGCCCAGGUCAUGGGUGGAGGCCUGUCUCGGAAUUCGUCAAUUACCAGCUCGGCGAGCGCGCCGAGCGGUCCUGGUACGCGAGCUAAAAGGCAGACCACUCUUGGGCAGGGUAUGGGUGGAAGUGGGUUGGGAAGACGGUCAUCGUUAGGCAAUUCUAGCCAGGUGUCACUGUCAAGUGGCAAGGCUGGGUCUAGUGCUGCGCGUUCCGGUGCUGCCCAUACGAAUGGGGCUGUUGUGCAAGCCACCCCUGCUGUGCCUAGUUUGAUGAGUAUCGUGGAGGACGUGGCGAGGGUGAAUAGGGAUAGGGAGGGAUGGAGCCGCGAUCUGAAAGUACAGAAGAAUGCGGGUGGGGUGCAGAAGCCAACAGGCAUGAUUGAACUGGUGAAAGCUCCGCCAUCGUUAGGUAGAGAGGAGCUCAGGGCGAUGGAUGCGGUACAAGUCAGGACAUUAGCAGCGGGUGGCCAAACUUCAACGUCAAUCACCUCCCCUUCCUCUUCGACGCUGGUGCCUCCUGCCUCAUCAAAUGCCAGGACGCCUCCGAAGAUAAGCAUGUUCGAGAUCAAGGCUCCGGGCUCGGUGUUCGAUCAAAGAGCAAAGGAUGUUGAAUUGUCGAGAGAGGCUUCAGCAUCAGCGCCUACGUUGGUUACAGGUAACACUCAUCAACCGGCACAGACGUCAGUGCCAAAGAGUGGACAUGCCCAGCCUCGGACGGCAGCCGUCGCGUCUAGUAGUAGUGCGACCCGAAUGCUCGGAACCCCUCUGCGAAGCGCGUUGAAGUCUAGCCGUUCGCCUUCCCCUGUUGGGGGGGUUGUGCCGUCAACACUCCCUAUGAAGACCUCGAAGGAUAUCAAGGGCAAAGGAAAGGCCCCUGUUCGACCCACCGACGCUGAGAGCGGCGACAACACUGACGAGUCGGAGUCAUACGAGACUGGAAACGAGUUCUAUUCUGAUCAGGAAGAGGUGGAGAGGGCUGGUGUCGCUGGUCCUUCUUCCUCCGCUUCCACUCUCAAAGCACCUAUUGCAAACGGCGGUGUUGUUCCUCGAGCAGUGAAUGGCCAGCAUCCUGAAAAUGAUGGACCUAGGUCUGAUAUAUCUCAUUCUACGUCUUCGACGGUUUUGGGCGGAUCAUCAUUGCACACACCGUCUUCUCAGCCUCGUAGGAGAAAGAGUGUGCGUGUAUCAUUGCAACCCACCUUCUCUCCGUCCCCGCCGGCCAUUGAAUACGAAUCUGAGGAGGAAGAAAAGAGGUAUUCUCCCUGGAGCGGUGCUAGUUCUAGUUCGCAGGGUCGUGCUUCGGGUCGAGAAACUAUGGGUUCCGAAGAGAAUAACAGACGUUACAGCAUGCCUGCCCCUCUUCCCGCCCCUGUACCAGUUCGAGCAGCGGCACCUACUCAUGUUGGUAUUUCUCAUCGGCAGCCCGAGGUGGUGUACGAUAUGUGGCAGGAUUCUGGAUCUGACGAAGACGAGCAAUAUGUGCGAGCCAAGAGGCUACUAACUCGUGCAGCGAAGAGAGAGAAGGAUGUCAGCCGUAUGGUCGCCAACAAGGCGUAA